AUGAUACUUAGAUAUCAUACAAUUGAAAUUUAUGAUCAACAUGGAUAAAAGAUUGAAACUAAGAAAUCUUUUCCUUUUGUGAAUUAACCUGUAUCUAAAGAUAUAAAGUAUAAUUAAAUAAUAGGAUAAAAAGAUGAAUAAUUAUUGAAAUAAUCAGGAAAUUUUGUUACGAGCAACAUAGUCGAUUCAUAUGCAAAUUACCUAUAUUUUAGUUUAAAAGCUGACGAUCGUAAAAUGUAUAAGCGCACAUUCAUUUUUUGUUCUGACUUUAUAACAAAUUGUACAAUUAAAAAAGAGAAAAAUGAAGUAAAAUGGUUAACUUUAUUUUAUGAAUAAAUAAGUAAUUUUUCGUCAAUAUAGUAUCAAUUUUGGCAUAUCUACAAAAAUAUAAUUUUUGUGGUAAAUCACAAUUUACAUUGGUUUUUGUGUGAAAUUAGAUUUAGAUAGUAAUACUUUGGAAAUAUAUGAUUCUAUUCGUAAAAUGCCAUCUGCAUAUGAAAGACUCUAAAAUUUUUUGUAAACAAUUUUCUCUGAAAUAAAAAGAAAUCAACAAACAUUCAUGAUUAAAAUAAUAGAGAAUUUUCCUCAAUAACAAGACUGGUAUUCAUGUGGUUAUUUUUCUUGUAUAGCAUUGAAUUAUUUAUGUAAGAGUUAAAUAAAUAUGGGUUGUGAUGUUUAAGAAAAAUAUAUAAGUAAAGGAGAGAUGAAAUAAAUAUUAAAAGACUUAUUGAUAGAAGAUAAUUGUUAUAAUGAUAUAGUAUGA